ACUAAUUUCCCGUAACGAACUGAAUAUUUGGCUCCAAAACCUUUACUCCGUAUAAAGCAUUUAAACACAGAGAAUAGAAUUAACAAGCAACAGUCGAAUCCAGAGGAGAGAUAAACAAGAAAAUGAACGGACAAUGCGAAGAAGUUAAUCAAGUUAACGAUGGAGAAGAAGUUAAUCAAGUUGGUGAUGGAGAAGAAGUUAAUCAAGUUGGCGAUGGAGAAAAAGCUAAUCAAGUUGGCGAUGGAGAAGAAGUUACUCAACUUCAUCCACCGAUAAGGGUUCCGGCCGUAUCCUGCUGGAAAAUGCCACCUGUAUUUUGGUGGAAGGUAAAUACUUAUGGUGGUCCGACUUCGUAUGGAUACUGUAUUCGGGGUUUGGAUGGCGAAUUGGGUGUGUUGGGUGUUAAGUGGGAGCCUUGGUUGUUGGGGUGCAGUGAGGUAUACAUGGAAGCAGAGGCCUUCUACUAUGGUGUACAGAAAGCCUUGGAAUUCGGUUACAGGAAUGUGAUUAUUGAAUGUUCAUGUCAGCCACUUCUUACGAAGCUAAGACACAGGGAGAUGAUACAGGAACUGGGCCCGGAGAGAGCAAGAGUUACUCAAAUUCUUGAGCUGGUUCGAAAAUUUGAUGUUUUUCGUUUCUCUUAUGUUGAAUUGGAGGGAAAUUCUGUAGCUCGUGAAAUUUCAAAGUAUAAUCCUGGUAGGAGGAGGGAGGCUGUAUGGUCAAGUGACUUUCCUAAAGUUGCCUCUGAUGCUGCUUCUUGGGAUAUAACUUGCUGUCUUACCAAUGCAAGGGAUAGUCUUUGGAAAGAAAUAGAAGAAGCAGCAGCAGCAGCGUCAAGUAGUAGAGAGGCUCCUUCUCCAGAUCAACAGAUGGCUGAGAGCCAGAUGAUUUCAGGAGCACCUUCAACAUUAUCAAGUACUGGAGAUGCUCCUUCUCCAGAUCAAGAGUGCGUCCAGAGCCAGAUGAAUCCAGGAACACCUUCAAUAACAUCGCCUGAUGAAGACCUUCCAUAACAUGCUUAUUAGUUCCAAAUACACAUUCUUUGAUGUCUUACUGUAAGUACGUACAUAUCCUGGAAGAAUAACUUUCAACUCUGUGUAUCGUCUGCCAGCGAAGUUCAUGCAUCUGCUACAGACUAGUAAUGUAGAUAAAUGCAGAGUAAUAAGCAUCAGCUCUAAUAUGGUUAGUGAUAGAAAUUACGUACAGAUGAUAAACUCUAGGUCAUUGUUUGUUGGUGGAACAAUAAAAGUAGCUGCAAGGUUUCUAUACUUUGGUGUUCUAUUUGUGGGUCUAUUAGCUUCUAUGCUGUUCUAUGGUGGCUAUAACAGACUAACAGUAGCCAGUAGGUGCUUCUAAUUGCAGGAUCAGAUAUAAAUGUUACAUUUGUUGUGUGCCGCUCUA